AUGGCAACCGUUUUCUCCGUCCCAGUGACAUCUUUUGCCUGCGGGGACGCCUUUUGGUGUACGGUCCCCCUUUCCAAGGGCCCCGAUUACGGACAGUUCAUGUGGUACCCUGCCCACACCGUAAUUGCAGAGAUAGCCCCGAAAAUUAGUGUUCUUGUCGUGACCUGCGUCGUGGCCGUUGAAAACGGCAUCAACGUGUGCGCUCCCGUUCCCGAGGUGUUGUGCACUUUCAUCGUGACUACCGAAAUGCGCCUCGAUGUCGAGGAGUACAACCGCACUGUCACCGUCGGCUUCUGCGAUAAGAAGUUGAAACAGCACAUUCGCUUCAACAAGGUCAGCGACCUCUGGGACUGCGUCGGUGCUCUCGCGCGCAGCAAGUCUCAGGCCGAGUCCCGCUGUGCGGACCUCAACGGUAGUAUCGCCCAGGUUAUCAGCACUGUCCCUGUGCAGCGCCCCUUCCAGCCGGUCGACACCGUCCCCGCGGUCUUUGACCAGGCCGUCCAGGCCGUCCAAGAGGUCAUGGAUGCCGCCAAGAAGGUCGCGGGGACGGUCGAGGAGGCCAUCGAGAAGGCCACCCAGAAGACGGGUAAGAAGGCGGCAGAGGAGGCGGCAGAGGAGGCGGCAGGGAAGGCGGCAGAGGAGGCGGAGGCGGCAGAGGAGGCGGAGGCGGCAGAGGAGGCGGAGGCGGCAGAGGAGGCGGUCGAGGAGGCGACCCAGGAGACCGUCGAGGCGAUGGUCGAGGACGCGCUUGAGUCUGAGAUCGGUGAGCUCUCAACCUUUCGCCUCUCUGCAUAA